UUUUCAAAAACACACAAGAAACCCCAAAAGCGAAAAAUAUUACAACUUUAUAUUUUUUUGUGUCAGCUGAUUUCGGAACAUUUAGUAUGCAGUGCUACCAAUUUUUCUCGCUAAGCCCCAAGGCGUUUUUUUGAACCAAUUAAGCCCGGUAGUAAUAAAAAACACACCUAAUGGUCCUCUUUUUCUUGAUAAACAUUAAUCCAAAACACGAUCGAAACACGAACUAGCACUUCAAGCAAGAAAACCGAGUUCAGAAAAGACACAGAAAAGCCGCCGUGCGACCCAUUUCGUAGUCGAGGUCGGAACCGAUUCGGACCGAGGCCCGACUCGUUUGCUUGAAGGGCGAGUCCAAUUGUUAAACUCGAUCCACCAUGUAAACGUAGUACCUCUUGAUCUUUUAUUUUCUUAUCGCUGUCAAUCUGUCAUUCUCCUCAUUCAUUUUUAUUUCUCCAAUCAAUGGUAAACAAUAUACUAUUUUGAUAUGAAUUCGAUUAUAAAAAAUAAAGUCUUUAGUAAAUCAACGUAUAAAAGAAAACUUAAAAAAUCGCUAACAAAAAUACGUGCAAAAGGUGUUCCUGAUGUAAACUUUACUAAAUCGAAUCUUGUAGAACAUCGUCAUCAAGAGUUGUCUUCAAAACAUGUAAUUUCUGAUAGUGAUUGUGAUAGUUUGGAAGAACAAAGUGCAGAACUCGGUUUUGAUUUAGUAAAACAAACUUCGGAAAACAUUUCGAAAAACUUAAAAAACUGGGCUGUCAAAUACAAUCUAACCCAUGUUUGCUUGCGUGAUUUACUUGAUAUCUUGCACUGUUCUCAUCCUUGUUUGCCCCUAGAACCUCGAACAUUUUUACAUACUUCCAUCGCGGAAAAACAACAUUUUUUUGAUGUUCCUCCUGGCAGAUACUGGCAUUUCGGUUUAGUUCGUGCUUUGACCAAGGUUUUUGAAAGUAUUGAUAAAUUACCAACAGAAAUAUUUUUAGAUUUUAAUAUCGAUGGAAUACCUGUAAGCAAAAGUUUCAAUGAAGGGCAAUUUUGGCCAAUUUUAUGCUCACCAGAAGGUUUUUCUUUGGCGCCAUUUGUAAUCGGUGUUUAUUACGGAAUGGCAAAACCUUCGAAAGUUGAUGAAUUUUUGAAAUUGUUUCUUCAAGAGGCUAAAACGAUUAAUAAUUUGAAUAUUGGUUCAAAAACAAUUAAGUUUAAAAUAAGAAAUUUCAUUUGUGAUGCCCCUGUUCGGUCUUAUUUAAAAGGUAUAAAAGGACAUGAUGGUUAUUUUGCUUGUGAAAGGUGUAAUGUAGAAGGUGAUUAUAGCUACAAUACUCACCAAAUGUGCUUCCCAAACUUAUCAAAAUCAGUUAGGACGAAUGUUUCUUUCCGGAAUAAGAUCCACGAAGAUCAUCAUAUACAAUCUCCAUCUCCAUUAGAAAGCCUUCCAAUCGAUAUGAUCAAUAAUUUUCCUUUGGACUACAUGCAUUUAAUAUGCUUGGGUAUUAUGAAAAAAUUAUUGCUUUUAUGGAUCAAGAACGGAUCCUUAAAAACAAACCUGUCUUCGAAAAACAUUGAAAAAAUCUCUGAUUUGUUAGUGUCAAUGCUAACAUUUAUGCCAUGUGAAUUCAACCGAACUGUACGCAGACUUGAUGUUAUAAGCAUUUGGAAGGCCACGGAAUUUCGAACAUUUUUAUUAUACUUGGGUCCGAUUGUUUUGAAAAAUGAAAUUCACCAAGAUUUAUAUGAGAAUUUCAUGCAAUUACAUUGUGCUGUUUCAAUUUGUCUGAGCGAAAAAUCGAGCAACUUUAUAAAUAUAGCACAAAUCCUGUUCAAAUCGUUCAUACAAGGUUUUGCUAAAAUCUAUGGCAGUGAAAAUAUAAGUUACAAUAUUCAUAACUUAUAUCAUAUUGCAGAUGAUGUGAAAUUCCAUGGUCCUUUGGACAACAUAAGUGCAUUUAAAUACGAAAAUUGCUUGCAAUAUCUAAAACAUAUAAUAAGAUCGGAAAAUAGGACACUUGAACAAAUUGCAAAUAAAAUUUCAGAGGAUUUUGAAAACACAACAAACCAUCUAAAAACGACCACGUUUCCAAGGCUCUAUAAUCUAGAUAAACAUAAAAUAUGUGAAAUUAAAGGUUGUAAAGCAGGUAUUUAUAGAGCUGUCGAAUUUGAAGAGUUUGUUCUAAAAUCUUCCGAUGAAGCAGAUUGCUAUUUUUUAACAAAGUCUGAAGAAAUUGUUCGAAUGGAAUUUGCAACAUUUCAAAAUGACAUUGCUGUUAUUUAUGGUUCGAGCUUGGCGCAAAAACAAAAUUUUUACGACAAACCAUUUUAUUCGAAAUUUUUAAAUGUCUACAAGUCAAAUGGGGAAACAAAAAAUGUCUUCCAAUUUUGGAAAACGGAUGAUAUUGUCUCAAAAUAUUUUAAAGUUCCUUUAAAUACUACUGAAUCUGUUUUCUUUCCUCUUAUUCAUUCUUUAAAAAAAGAAAAUGUUACGAGUGAUGGAAACAGUUGAGAAUGGCGGAAAAUUCGUGACUGCUGUUCGGAAGAAUUGGGUCGAUGGAUCAACCCUGUUAUGGCCAAAUACGAAAAAAAAAUAUGUUAACUGGCCUCAAACAAUGUUUCCAACCAUCAGAGGACUGGUAGAAAUUACAAUGCAGACUCGUUUUUGAUGAUACCGUGACGACUCAACAGCAGCAGAUUCAUUUUUUUGUUACUAUUAUUAUUAAGUUUAUAUUUUUAUGUUUUAGUUGUAAGAUUUACAUUUUAGUUUUAAGAUUUAUCUUUUAGUUUUAAGCGGUAUUCUUUAGUUUCAAG